UUGUCGCAGUGUGUUCCUCAGGCUGUCUGCUGUCCUGUCGUGGACACAGGUUGUCUGAAAAGUGAGAGAGGAGCUCGUGUACCUGCUGAAGCCAUGACGCCUCCAGCAAGCCGUCUGUCUGUCAGGAUGCUUGCCGCUGCACUGAUGCUGCUAGCCGUCCCCGUCUUGGGCGCCGAGCAAGAGACGUGUUUCUCCAGACAGCACCAGAAGGCCAUCGUCAACGUCAGAUUGGCCCUAAACAGAACCGGGAUGCACAUGGAUGCCCGUUUCGUCCAGUCUGAGCGUGACUGUGUCCUGGCCUGCUGCUCGGAGGAAGUGAAGCAAGGUGCCAAGUGUAACAUGGCCGUGUUCAAGUCCAACAAACCUGCAGCCACUGACAACUGCUUACUGUUCCACUGUGAGAAGGAGCAGGACUGUCCUUUAAUGGUGGCUCAGGAUGGGAUCAACACAUAUGACAUUUUCAAAGGUGUGAUGCAUCCUACCACAGCGAGGCCUGCUACCACCGCAGCACAGACGACAACUUCCACAACAACACAAGCCCCGACUACCCCAGCCACCACCACCACUAUACUACAAACUACAACUACAACCCCUACACAAGAUACCAUACCAACACAGCUACCUACUACAAUGACAGCAACACAGCCUACCACCACAAGCACCACCACAAGCACCACCAUCACCACCACCACUACAAGCACCACCACCACAAAACCCACCACCACCACUCUAGCCACAACAACUCUGCAAUCCACUACAACCCCACAACCGGCCGUAACCACCACCACAACUCCAGCCACCACUUUCGCCCCUUCAACUACCACCACAACUCAAUCCACCACAACACCACCACCACCACCUAUAAUUAUCAUAGCUACAAUGCCAAUGGUAACAUUACCACCUGCUACAACGACGGCUACUACUACUUUACAAGACGUGACCCCCAGGCAAGCAACAGAGUCUAAUCCAGCUUUGACAGUAGCACCAAUUACCACCACCACCACCACAAAUAUAGCAGCUACGAGAAAGCCAACCAAAAUGAGCAAAAAACAAAAUAAAAUGCCCAAAAAAGCAAAACAUCCUGUUACCACCACUACAGCCUUGCUCCCUGUCCAGACUAGCAUGGCCACACUGCGGGCUGUCACAGCCAACAGAAAAGCUGGGCAUAGAACUACACCAAAACCACAGCUGGCCACAGAGCCCACCACCUCCACAACUACACAUACCACGACAAGCACCGUAACUACUGCAACUACUACAACUACAACCACAGCCGCUACUCCUACCACAACCAUGGCUGCCAUUGAGCCAUACACCACGAGGACAUCUCCCACCGCAGGUCUGGUCAUGGUGGCCAAAGGGGCUGUCCAGUCAGAUCACACACGCCAAAACCCCGUCUCUGUGGAAGGCAUGGGCCAGGGGAAAGCUGCGGCUGCACGAGGGGCCCUUAAGAGCAGCCUGGUGGCCGUGAUGGUACUGGGGCUCGCCAGCCUAAUGCUGGCCCUGGCCGUGGGCGGGCGCAAAGCAAUGGAGUCCUUUGAUAGACGCCACUACACCAGGCUGGAGCUCAACGAUCUGCACUAUGAAGUUUGAACGUCGCCACAACUCAAUGCAAUACAAGUACACACAUUCAAGUGCACAUACACACACACACACAUACGCAAACACAGACCUCUUUACGUUUCAAGACAAAAGCUCAGAAGGACAUGUUUAGAAAUGUUUAAAUCCAUCAGAUAACGUAUUUUGAUAUCUAGUAGCACACAGUUACACUUUAAAGGAAUGUCCACUUUUCACUGUCAGUAAUGGAGAAAUAAAUGGCUAUGGGUUACAAAGGAACAAACAGCAAUAUUUUUAUUCCCUAAAACUCAGGAAGCCUUUGAAUUCAAGCUGACAAAGAGGUGAAAGGAUGAUGGAACCAGACACCGCUAUGUACAUGAGGCCUAAUGGUUAAGAUGCCUUUCGGCACGGGGUUGACCCCUUGUGUUUAAGGUGUACACCUGCAUGUGUUUUUACAGUACUUCCACUUGCUUCGUACCAUAGCCAUAUGAGCUUGUGAUGCGCUCGUAAUCACCGACUCAGUUUAUAUGUCUGACUUAACUCACUAUUUCACUGUGUAGCUUUGUAUUUUGUCCACAUACUACUUCUUUGAUACAUGGAUACACUCUGAAUGAUGGAUGCAAUUCUUGAAAAUUGAUGCACUAUUGUAUUCUGUUUUUGAUAUGACACGCUUUUUUAAGAAUAGGAAGAUUGUUUUCAUAGUCAAGAAUACACUGGAUGCACACUAUUUUCAUAAGUAAAUUUAUAUUGUAUGUCAGUGUAUAAAUAAAUGCAGACCGGGUGGAUGUACAUAUCAGGAUGUGAUACCUGAUUCCACCACUAGGCGGCAGAAGCGACCUGAAAGAUGAACUGAUAUUGACACUGGCAUGCAGACCGUCCUCUUACAAAAUCCCCACACUGAACGCAUGGAGCUGAAUUGGAUAGUUAUUCUUUAUGUUGCUUUAACCUCUGCUAUGGAAAAACGAACGUGUAAACAGUCUGAUCUUUUUGUGACGUGAUGUUUUUACAUAAGUUUGGAAUUCAAGUGUUUUGUUCUGUAAUAAUUAAAAUGUGAUUUUUUGCAUAAGUCAUAUUGAUUGUCUCUCUCGUUGUAAUAUGUGCUUUUUGUAUACCAGUAAAUAAACCGAGGGUCUAGGAUAACCCCCACCAC